UUUGCUUAAUAAUUAAUCCUAGUAAACCAACGCAAAACCCUCAUCCUCUAACACCAACUUAGCCUUGUCUUGACGUCCUAUAAGCUCUCCAGAGCUUCUGCACUUUGUCACUGAAAAAACCAAGAAAUGGGUAGGGAAGGCAUAGAAGAAGGAGACGUGUCAAGCUCUCUGCUUGUCAAAGAUAGAUCCCAGAUACGGGGAAGAGAUGAUGCCAGUGUUGGUGGAGAUGGGCAGAGCAAAGGUUCUCCGGCAACUGCUGUGGUGGUUAUAAGCACUCUGGUUGCUGUUUCUGGUUCAUAUGUUUUUGGAUCAGCUGUGGGAUAUUCAUCACCCACUCAGUCUGGAAUCAUGGACGAUCUGGGUCUCUCUCUGGCAGAGUACUCAGUUUUUGGUUCGAUAUUAACAAUUGGGGCAAUGGUAGGCGCAAUGAUGAGUGGCAGGAUAGCAGAUUACACUGGUCGAAGAGGCACAAUGGGCUUCUCAGAAAUGUUCUGCAUCAUAGGCUGGCUGGCAAUAGCAUUCUCAAAGGCUUCUUGGUUGCUCGAUGUUGGAAGACUGUUGUUAGGAUAUGGGAUGGGCCUUCUUUCUUAUGUGGUACCAAUUUAUGUGGCUGAGAUUACACCCAAGAAUCUACGAGGAGCAUUCACAACAGCACAUCAGUUGAUGAUAUGUUGUGGUGCAUCAAUGACAUUUCUUAUUGGAGCAUUUGUGUCAUGGCGAAUUUUGGCUAUCAUUGGAACUAUUCCAUGUCUUCUUCAACUUCUUGGGCUGUUCGUCAUUCCAGAAUCUCCUAGAUGGUUGGCAAAGAUUGGACGAUGGAAAGAGUGUGAAGCAGCUCUACAGCGCCUUAGAGGGGAGAAUGCUGAUAUUUCUGAUGAAGCAGCUGAGAUUAAAGAUUACACAGAAACCCUUCAACAGCAUUCUGAAGCUGGCAUAUUUGAAUUGUUUCAGUGGAAAUAUGCUCAUUCGCUUGUUGUUGGAGUGGGCCUGAUGGUUCUGCAACAAUUUGGUGGGGUCAAUGGCAUUGCAUUUUAUGCAAGUUCUAUAUUUGUAUCAGCUGGUUUCUCUGGUACUGUUGGAACUAUUGCAAUGGUUGUUGUCCAGGUUCCACUGACAGCACUGGGAGUAGUCUUGAUGGACAUAUCUGGGCGAAGACCACUUAUGAUGAUCUCUGCAGCUGGAACAUGCUUGGGUUGUUUUCUUGUAGCAUUGUCUUUUUUGUCACAGGGCCUUCAUAAGUGGAUGGAAUUUUCUCCCUUCUUGGCACUUGUUGGUGUACUGAUAUAUAUAGGAUCUUUUGCGCUAGGCAUAGGAGGAAUUCCUUGGGUUAUAAUGUCUGAGAUAUUUCCUAUAAACAUGAAGGGCUCAGCUGGAAGUCUAGUGACAGUAGUUAAUUGGUUAGGUUCUUGGAUUGUCUCCUACACUUUUAACUUCAUAAUGGAUUGGAGUUCAGCAGGAACAUUCUUCAUAUUCUCAUUUAUAUGUGGCAUAACCGUUUUGUUCGUUUGGAAGCUGGUACCCGAGACGAAAGGACGAACAUUGGAAGAAAUACAAGCUUCCAUGAAUCCAUUCACAGCAGAGUGAUAGAUUUCCAUCCUCAGCCUGGUGUCUUCAUGGAUUGCAAUGAGCCUGAGUACUGUUACUCAUGCAAAUCUCGGAUGGAAAACGUAUUAACUGAAUAUUUUGGUACUGAGUAUGCACAAACUUGUUGGUGUUUGUGAUAAACAAGCUAUCUAAAUCCUUAGAUUUCGUCACUUCAUUAUGUCACUUUAGGUUAUGCAUGUAACUGAUUGUAGCUUAUUAACCAACUGGUUCAGAACUAUGAAUUAACAUCUUUGGAGAUGUCUUGGAACAGGAUUUUGCAUUUGAUCA